CGUUGCUUCUAUUCGCUCAAGCUCACCUCUCAACCCCUACUUUUCGUUUCUCUUAUCUUUUUGGGAAUCUGGGGUCUCUUCUCACUUCUCUGUUUCUUUCCUUUUUUUUUUUUUCAUCAUCAAAUUUUGAGAAAGCUCUGAGCUUGAAAGAAGCUAAUUAGUCUAUGUAGUAAUGUAGAGAUCUGGAAGAACUCCAUGGUGCGGUUCGAUAAAUCAAAGAUGGAGCAGACCUGGUUUGUGCCAAAGCCGAGAAGGGUUCAUAGGAGGGUAUGGUUAAGGAUUCAAAAAUCAAUGGGUGUUCUUGUGGGUGGGAAUCACACUUCCUCCAGGGACCUAGAUGACGUUUCGGUCCCUGCUGUUCUUGUGCUCGAGAUUGAGCGCGUUCUGAAGCCCGGUGGAAUUGGGGCUAUGCUUGUGGGGGUUAUUGGUUUGAACACAAAUGGCUUGAUUAGGUCUGCUACUCCGGUUUCAUCGUUAUUGAAAGCCUCCAAUGUGGUACAUGUUAGUUAUGUUCAUGAGUAUGCAUUGGUUGUUUUCCAGAAAAGAUUUGAAAAAGUUGGUUACUUCCAGCAAUUCCGCCUACCAUCUGAUUGCCAAUCUUUUAUGAAUAACAGACCUUUUAUGGAACAUCUAGAGCCCCUUGUGGAGAAGGAGGAAAUGAGGUUUGAGAAAAAGAUUUCAUUUCUGCCCAAUUUCAUUGAUGUGCUUUCUAGGAAGAAGUUAGUGUAUAUUGAAAUUGGGGCAGCAGAGCAUCUGAACUCUAGUGUUGCUAAUUGGUUCAUUCCAUCUUAUCCUGUGGAACACAAGGAUUUCGAUAUUUAUUUUGUUGACCACAACACUUCAGUUCUGCUUUCUUGUGUUAAAAAGCCUGGAGUUACCUUCAUUUACGAUCCAGGCCUCGCUGGAGACGAGAUUACUAGUUUGAUUUCUGAUAUUGAAGAUCCAGAUCCAUCUGUGGAAGAUGAGGGAUUUGAUUUCCUUUCUUGGUUUAGAGAAACUGCGGAGUAUGCAGAUUUUGUGGUUCUGAAGAUGAAAGCAGGGGAGACAGAAUUGAAAUUCCUCACUGAUUUGUAUGAAAGCGGAGCCAUAUGCUUUGUCGAUGAGCUGUUCCUUAGCUGCGCAGACCAUGUAGAUGACAAUGAUGUUGUGAGCAAGGACUGCAUGGAUCUCCUGAAGAGCCUUAGAAGCAGCGGCAUGUAUGUCCACCAAUGGUGGGGUGAUUAAUCCCCAACUGAUUUAUGAGGAACUGUGUCUUGUUUGAACUGUUUUAGUUAUUGCGUUGUGUUGUUGCUGUUGUUCUUGUUCUUGUGUUUGUGUUGGUGUAGUUAAAGUUCCUCAAAUAGUCAUGCAGGAUGCAAAUAAGACAUCCAAUCUAAAGUUGCUUUGUGGUUGGGCACUUAAUUUAAUAUAAAUAAACAACCAUUUGUGUUA